AUGAAUUCAAAUGUAGAAAAUGUUAGUGAUUUACUCUAUAAACGCAACCAAUACCACCAUUUGGUUGACAGUUUGCCGUUUGUAGACACAGUUCCUGCUGAUUUGGAGCAUGUGGUUAAGGAUUUAGUCAACGAUGAGAUGAGGGUGAUUUUGGAGGAGUCUGGGUUAUCUGAGUGCCAGUUACUCGACAGAUACCUCGAACCUCUUCCCUUCAACUUUACUCCUAACGGUUGUUUAUACAAUAAAGAGGUCGAUCGCAUUAAUAAUGGCACUGAGAUGGAGAAAUUAGAUUUUUCUCACUAUUCUCCCAUUUCUAACCACAAGGAUAUUAAAACCAAGAUGAAUCGCAUUAAAAUGUUAAUGGAAUACUCUCAGAAUUCCCUCAUUAAUCUUGAGUUGAUGGACCGUUACAAGGAAGGCUCCUGGUUAAAACACCUUGAUUCUCUCACAUUGCUAAAAUUAAGCAUGGAAAAAAGGAAAAAAUAUAUUGAUUCUAAAUUGGAUGAUUUGAAUAAACGUCGUAAACUAUCUCAAAUUGAUACUGCAAAUCAACUAAGAUCAAUUAAUCAGGAAUAUGAAGAUUACAAAUUAAGGUUAGAACGUUAA